CGGCGGCGGCGGCGGCGGCUGGGAGUGGGCUGCGCUACAAUCGCUAUGGGGUACUUCAACCCUGUAUCACAGAUCAGAGAGAAGAUGAACAAGGACUGCAUCAUGUGUACAGGCAUAGGAAUGAGUCUGGUAGAGACCUGGUGGGCCAGUUAACACCCUCUCUGCUAUGACAAAAGGUUUAUGAAUAACAGACCUCCAGCUAAUUCCCGGUACCAGCCCACUGCCUAUGAACAUGCUGCAAACUGUUAUACACACGCAUUUCUCAUUGUUCCAGCAAUUGUUGGCAGCACAUUGCUUCACAGGCUAUCAGAUGACCGGUGGGAGAAGAUUACUGCCUGGAUGUAUGGCGUGGGGCUUUGUGCAUUGUUCAUCGUUUCUACUUUUUUCCACAUUAUUGCAUGGAAGAAGAGUCACUUGAGAACGAUGGAACAGUGCUUCCACAUGUGUGACAGAAUUGUCAUCUACUUUUUCAUCGCAUCUUCCUAUGCACCAUGGUUAAAUCUCCGAGAGCUUGGGCCCCUGGCAUCUCACAUGCGUUGGUUCAUUUGGAUUAUGGCAGCUGCUGGUACCAUCUACGUCUUUUUAUACCAUGAACAGUAUAAGAUUAUUGAGCUUCUGUUUUACUUGACAAUGGGAUUUUCUCCAGCUGUGGUUGUAGCAUCAAUGCCAAACACCGAUGGGAUCCAGGAAUUGAUGUGGGGCGGCGUGCUGUACUGCCUGGGAGUGGUGUUUUUCAAAAGUGAUGGGAUCAUUCCUUUCGCCCACGCCAUCUGGCACAUUUUCGUGGCCUUGGCUGCGGCAGUGCACUAUUAUGCCAUCUGGAAAUACCUGUAUCGGAGCACGACAUCUCCUGCAUGGAAGGACUUCUAACCUGCAGGUGGCCCUUGUGGUUUCAGAGUUAAUCGACUGAUUCAAACAUUUGGUGGAAACAGCCUAUCGUGGGAAAAGGCUGAGAGGAGCAUACGGAGGCAGCAGCUUUGUGCCAGAAGUGUUCAAACAACCUCCAGCUGCGAAUGAACACAAAGCCAUUCUCUGGAGCCUGAUGUAAAACUCAAACAGACCCUGGGCAGGGAGUGAGAGUGGUUGUUGGGUAGGGAUGCUGUUGGUUUGCUUUUCAGAUUUUUUUUUCUGAAUUUACUCUUUAUAAAAACAAAACUUCAUGUCUUCCUCCUGACACCCACUCCCCUGCCCACCCCACCAACAUGAUGGAACUUGACUUGAUGACUUUGAUGUGAUUGACUAGAUUUCAACUGUGCUCUGUUGAUUUUUGUAUUUUGGAACAUAAAGCACAGUUUAGAAUAAGUGCAAGGAUUGGAAUGAACAGGAACAAAUCUGCAGGGUAUUCUUUUUAUAUAUAGCAAAGUGACUUGUAGUCUCGUGGGCAUUAUACAGUUUGACUCGAACCUCCAUUGAAAAUCAAACUGAUACAUUCCAGUUUAGUGUGGCAUUUUAUACCUCGGCUUUCAUCAGAAAACCUUAGACUUGCUCAGUUGUUGGGGAAGGGCUUUGGGUGGGCUGUUCUUUUCCAUGUGUUUGCUGCUGACAAAUUAAUUGAUAGUGUAUUUCUGCGAGCACUGCUUCAUGUGCAGUAUGGGCUGGUGAAGGAAAUGUAUUUUUGAGAAUCUCUCUUCAUCCUCUAUCACCUAACAAAGGGGUUGUGCAAGUCUACACCAACAGUAUUGUAAUUUGUGUUCUAUCUGUUCCAGCAACAGGCUGGUAGUGAGGAAUGCAACAAAAGCACUUUUGUUCUGAUUAAUCGUUCUUUACAACAUGGCAGGCAGCAAACCACUCUCACGUGGAAGGUGCUUGGCCAUAUUUCUGCAAAUCACUGCUGAUGGGGCAGUGCAUUAUCUGAAGUUGUCAUUGGACUGUUGAUCAGGAGAGAUUCUGAUUUACCUCAUUUUUUGUAACUGAGCGGCAACCUGUUCUCUCUUGCUGUGCCCUGUGGAUCCCACCACACUUCUCGGCUUUGUAAACUCAGAGGGGCAGUCCUGUAGCCUUGCUUUCACCACUCCCCCAACCAAAACCCCAACUCUGAAAGAGUAAGUUAAACUUAAACGUAAACGGUUUACAUUUUGUGAAAAUUUUGCCCAACUAUAUGAAAAUAUGUUUUUUAUAUGUAGCCAACAGAUUUUUGGAAAAUGGCUCUUUCUAAGUUGCACCAAGGAUAACAAGUUGGGUUGGCAAGUUUUUCUGGACCAAAUCCAGAGCUCAGUCUAACUGUCUACAGUUAUUAAACUUCUCCUACCCCAUCCUAACAAAGAAGAAUGCCUGGAUUCCAGUUCAAUUUACAAUCUCCACGUAUGCUGUGGAAGGUGCAAGACCAGUUCAAGUGCACAAGGCCAUGAGUGACAGUCUGCUGUUAUCAAGGAGAAUGAGAAUCUGGUCAUUAUUCACUCUGGAGUGGGAAAACUCUUACAACAUCAAUUGAAUUGCAGACUUUGCUGUCUGUCCUCAAUUGGUGGUAUUUAGAGAGAAUGGGAGGGGGGUUGGUGAAUCAAUGUACGACUUGGUGAAUCUAACCAGCAGAGUGUGAACCUGUAUGUGUUUUGUUACACUGCUCUGUGAGAUGUGUCAAAUACCUCAAUGGUUGUGUUUAGAUUUCAAAGGUGCUUUUUUUUGUCAAAACUGAAAUCUAGGUGGUAUUUUUUAAUAAACUGUGCUCGUUAAGUGAAAUUACUAAACUCAUACAGCUUUACUUACGGGGAGGAUCCCUACUAGACGCUGGGGAGCACUGUUAGGGAGGGAGUGGGGAAUUUAACGAGGCAUUUCUCUCAAGGAGGGUAUGGGCAAAAGCACUUUAGCAAGUGUACACUCUGCUGAACGGGGAGUGGAAUAUAGCACUCUGUCGAUAGUGGAAGGGGAUUUACUAGACUUUAUGUUGUUUUCAGAGGUCACCCAGGUUAUCACUAAGUGAUGGAGCACACAAGGCAGAUCCAGGGACUAAGAUAAGAUAUUUAUUAGUCACGUGUACAUCGAAACACACAGUGAAAUGCGUCUUUUUGUGUGACUGAGAACGUGCUGGGGGCAGCCCGCAAGUGUUGCCACUCUUCCGACGCCAACAUAACAUGCCCACAGCUCCUAACCCAUACGUCUUUGGAAUGUGGGAGGAAACCGGAGCACCCGGAGGAAACCCACGCAGACACAGGGAGAAUGUACAAACUCCUUACACUGGCAGGAAUUGAGCCCAGGUCACUAGCGCUGUAAUAGUGUCACGCUAACUGCUAAACUACCGUGACUAAGCUUGAGAAAUAAAUACUAUGGGAGAAAGCAAGAUAUUUUUACUCAGAAACUGUCAGCUACAAAAGAGGGUACAAGUAAUGGAACACACUGGGUAAAAGUAUCUUUACAGGUGUCUAGAUUCAGCUGUGCGUUUUUGCUGUGUGAUCCCAGGUUUAUCACCAUAACCCUUUGUCAUACUGCUUAAUGCCAGUUUAUCUGCUGUGUGUGUGCCACAUACCAUCAAAUAUAAGUGAAUCACUGCCUUUUGCCCAGUGUGUGCUGUCCAAGUACAGAUGAUGACACUGGAUGCACAGAGCAGCAAGUGAUUUCUCCUCACUACCUAACAGGAGUGAGAAACGACUACACUUGGCUCAUUCCACGAGUGCUUGCCGGGCUUGGGUUUACUGUAUGGCUGCUGUUUUGGGGUGUACCCCAGGCAUUCUCUCCUUCACAAAAGUGGUAAUGCUUCGGGGAAAAGGAGGGCUUGCCAAUUACUUUGUGAUGUUUCUGAGAUGCAGGCUUCUAAUCUGUGUUCUUGUUUUAACCAGGAUUGUGCUGUAUACAAAUUUCUGAAGGCUGUGAUUUAUUUGGCAUAAAUUGGUGUCUGCCAAGUUUUAUGGCCAGGGUAUCCCUAACUUGUUUUAUAUUCCUGAUCCAGAUGCUGUAAUCAUCAACUGUGAAAUGAUUACUAAGUUUACAAGUAAUGACUGCUGUAGCCGGUGGCUAUGUACCGUGUGCUGUUUCUGCUGCUGGACACUUUCUCUACUUAACUAGUUCUUGUAGCUGGGUCAAAGAAUACCUGAAAAUCUCUGCUGUAUGCAGGUGCUUCACCAUGUUGUGCCCACGAGCUUUCACAUCGGUGUGCUUUGGAUUGCUGGUUGAUCUGGCCUUUCAUGAUCCUCAGUAAAUUUGGAAGGCUGUCGAACAAUUGGUUUGGGAAAGUACAUUGGAUAAUAAGACUUGCCCAGCUUAAAGGUGGUGUAUGAAAAUGUAGAAGUUGUAGAAUGAGUGAUGUGUGUCUGCACCUUGUGUCUGCAACUCCUAUGCACCCAGGCACACCAGGAAGGCCCAAUUUGCAGAGGUAAGUUUUUGCUUCAGACAAGCAUUUAAGCUGAAAUCUGUGUGAUCUUUCUCUGACCUCUCAGGGCAACAACAGUGUGAAGUCCCAUGGCUGCCAUUUAAAAAACAAAAUUCUUCAUUUUCCUGGAAGUGAGAUGGAGCAGCUGGUGUGCUGGAUUUCCCCUUGCAGCCGGCUUGGGGUGGCCAGUCCAGCUCACUGUGCCUGACACCCUCUGGCAUGCUCUGAUAUUAAUGCAAUGUGUCCCACUCUUAAGGUGUGGACAAUUCUGACCAUAAAUGGUCCACUUGAUUUGAAACUGCACUGCUAAUAUUUUUACUGAACUGCAUUAUGAUCAAACCACUGCUAGAGAGAGGCUCUAGCCAAUGUGUGUGUGCCAGCACUCUCUGCUGAUGCUCAGAAAUUUUAAUCUCUCUGCUUGGAUGCUGGGUUGUAAUUUAAUUCUAGUAGUAUAUUCCUUCCUUUAUUCAAUUCCCAUUGUAGGCCUGUGUUAAUGUGUCAGGAAUUGAUGUACUGAACCUUUUACUGGGAAUGUGUUGCUUAUUUUCUACGUACACGUAUACUGUAUCUGAAUAAACCAGACUGCA